AAGGGAGGGGGAGAGGAAUGAAAAAUAGUAGCAUCUGUGUCAGUAAAAUAUUCUAAGGGUUAAAAUAACAUGAUGUAAACUGUUUCAUCUGUUCUUCCUACUUGCCCAUUUUAAUCAGAAAUGAGUAAGUAGAGCUUAUAUGCACUGAACUUGAAGAAUGCUAAUGGGAUGUCUGCAUCAUGUUGUACCCAGAGCACUUAUGCCAGAAUAGGAGAGCCUUUAAUUCUGUAAUUCUCUGAGACAAGAAAAGCUUUCUGAAGAGUUACUUUAAAUUUAAACUCUCAUUCUAAUGUUAGGCAGCCUGUUGGAUCUCUGAGUUAAAAAUUGCUUCAGCUUUAGUUACUACAGCCAGAUGUAACAUUGACCUUAAAUGGUAAAAGCUCCCAAGAGUGAAAGAGAGGCUGGCCCGAGGGGAAAGAGAGGAAUAACUGAAGUUUUAGGAAGCUCCUGCCUACAGCAUUCCAGCCAUCAGCCUGCUGAAUAUUCAUUAUCCUUUCUUCACCUGUGCUGCAAGGCACUAUGCUCACCAUGAGAAUUCCAGACCUUGAGUUCCUCUGAUAGGUGCACAAGGCUCGUGCAAUACUGAGAUUGUAGAUCUUCACCCACAUCCUCUCUGCCUGUGACAUGCACCGCCAGGGAGUGCAGUGAUGUAUUGAUGAGGACUCUGAUCUACUGAUGAGCACACUGAUGUAUUGAUGAAGACAGCUCCCUGAUUCCUGGGCAGGUGUCACACCUGCAGAUCACGAGGCCUCCCAGCGCUUAUGCCUUCAGGCUAACUUGAAACAAGUACUGCCAGCAGUGCAUGGUCCUCUUAGUCCACAUUGCAGCUCCACGUGCUUCACACUGCCCACCAUGCCAACCUUACCUGAAGAGAAGGGACAAGCAAAAGAGGCCCAGCACAACAGUUCUCCUCCAGCCAAAGACACGACUGUUGAAGGGACCACACGCAGCACACCUUCUAUUGUUCUUCCAGAGAAUGCCAUUACGCCAGAUGUAGAAACUGAUAAAAAUCUGGUUAACAGGCCUCGGAGUCCUCAUAGGAGACAUUCUAACCGUGCCACCAGAAAUUCAACAAGUUCACUGACUUCUGUUGACAAUAGCGGUCAUGUGAUUGAUCUGGUGAAUGAUCCACUACCAGAUGUUAAAAUAUCAGAGGAAGACAAAAAGAAGAACCUUGAAUUGUUAGAAGAAGCAAAGAAAGUGAGUGAGAGGUUCUUAGCACGCCGAGGCAGAAAGUCAAGAAGCAGCCUCCCAGAAUCACCCACAGCACUUUCCCCUGCUCUUAGUCCUAAAAUUUCACCCAUAGCAUCUGAGAGCAACUCUCUCAUUCUUCCACUUCCAUCAGGGUCUGAUGCAUGCACAACCACUAGUAUUGAUUCAGUGUCUCCAGGGCAGAAUAACAGAUUUGUGAAAGAGGAUGACAGGCAAGCUACAGAGAAUGCUGCAAAAGGAUUAAUUGAUCGAAAGCAGAAUGAUCAAAGAAAGAUUUCUCAGGGAAGGUUGGUUCCUCGUUCUGCUGGUUUUGAAAACUCCAAAGACAAGCUCUCAGACCAAAAGGAAAACUUUGAUCCACGUAAACAUAUGGAUACUUCACCUAAAUUCUCCCCUUCAGCUGGUGAUGGUGGCAGAAUGUCUCUUAAUACUUGCAUGAAUGUUUGUGAAAAUGAACUUGGAAAAUCAUUUCUCCAGAAAGGGAAAGAAAAUGAUGCUCCUUUAAGAACCCAUCUCCCAGGAUCAGGAAUAGGAAAUAUGGACUCAAAGCUAAAAAUUCCUGUUCCAGAAAUGAGGGACCAUAAAGUUCCAUGUAAACCAGAAUUUAAACUGUGUGGACUGCGUCCUCCUCUAUUACGAGCUGUGUCCUGGGAUAGCUUGGAGCCUGGACAGAAAGAGAAAACCCCUUUAAAAUUACCAUCUGAGGAAGAUAAAAGCUUUGUUGGUAAUAAAUCCAGCAAUCAGUUAAAAGCAUUCAAAGACCUUCAAAUCCAAGUUCAGCCAGUUCGAAUGCAGAAGCUGACAAAGCUCAGAGAGGAACAUAUUUUGAUGAGAAAUCAAAAUUUAGUUGGACUUAAACUUCCUGAACUUAGUGAAGCAGCGGAACAGGAAAAAGGCCCUUCACCUCUCCCUUCCCCUACUGAAGAGGAAGAGACAAAGAACAGCUCUGAUGUCAUGCCCAGCAUUCCUGAUGUAUUGCUGAGAAAACUGCGAGUGCACAGAUCACUUCCAGGAAGCUCCCCACCACUCACUGAAAAAGAAGUUGAGAAUGUAUUUGUACAACUUUCCUUGGCCUUUAGAAAUGAUAGUUAUACAUUGGAAUCUAGAAUUCAGCAGGCAGAGAGAGAGAGAAAUCUUACUGAAGAGAAUGCUGAGAAGGAACUGGAAAACUUUAAAGCAGCCAUUACGUCCUCAGCUCACCUGUGGCACCACUAUGAGCACAGGGAAGCCUACCAGAAGCUCCUGGAGGACAUUGCGGUGCUGCGGCGUUUGGCUGCCAGGCUCUCCAGCCGCGCAGAGAUGGUCGGAGCCGUUCGCCAGGAAAAGCGUAUGUCAAAGGCAACAGAAGUAAUGAUGCAGUAUGUGGAAAAUCUGAAAAGGACAUAUGAAAAGGAUCAUGCUGAACUGAUGGAGUUCAAGAAACUUGCCAAUCAGAAUUCUAGCAGAAGCUAUGGUGCAUCUGAAGAUGGGGUUCCUCGUUCAUCUAGAUCCAUGUCUCUCACUGUUGGAAAGAAUAUGCCUCGGAGGAGAGUCAGUGUUGCGGUUGUUCCUAAAUUUAACUCCUUGAACAUUCCUGGUCAGUCACCCACAGCUUCACCUAUACCUUCAAUGCCAUCCCUGUCUGAAUCACCCAGUAAUGGAAGGAGCAACCUAACAUCUACUCCUGCUCUGCCAGCACUUCUAGAAAAUGGGAAGUCAAGUGGAGAGCCUGACUGUGAAACUUCAACUUCUGUGCUGACACAGAGUGGGUUGGAAGAGAUCAGUCCUGAAACUAAAGCCAAGAUAGAAGAGGAAGCCUAUAAUAAGGGAUAUCAGGAAGCCUUGAAGAAAACCAAAGAACUUCAGGAACUGAAGGAAGAAGAUGAAGAGACACCCAAAGAAAGUCAUGAUGAACAUGAAGAAAGUGAAAAUGAAGAUGAGAUAAAAAACCUGAAAAGCAGCAGACUUGAAGUCAUCAUUAAUUAUUUAUAUAUCCUGUACCCCAAACUGUGCAAACACUGGAAUGUGGUGUGGCUUGUAGUGGCUGCAAUAGUCAUUUUUGCUGUGGUGUUGGGGAUCUACCAUUCCUACAACUCCUGUGAUGAAAAGUCAGAGGCACCUGAAGGGAAGGCCAGCUGUUCUGCGGCCCAUCAGUAUUCCUGGUGGAACUCAGGACUCCGACAGGAGCAACGCACGGAAUAACAGAGGAACAACCACGCCCUUAUGGUCCCUGAGCAAAUUUGUGUAUUAGAACACCAUUGUUAAAGGUAGUGUUUAGUCAUCCCUGUGGCUGUUCCACGUGAUCCCUUAGGCAAGGGAGUUACUCCACACCACCAGGUUUGGGAUACGUGGUGAGCAUCCCUUGCCAAGAUGCCAAUCUGAUAAAUAAUCCUGUCUGUCCUCUUUUUGUAAAGGACUCGUACAAAUAAAGUAGUGUUGAAUCAUGGUAAGGUUGUGGCAGUAAUCAGCAACCUGCAAGACAUUUAAAAGAAUGAUUUGCACAGGACAUUGACAUUUGGAAGACCAUCAUAAAAUCUGCAUUUGCAGUUAGUGCUUUGUUUUGCAUUUCGUGAAUUUAUUGUUGAUUGUCGAAGUACUAAUUGCAUUUGAGUCCUUUGGGUUUUAAGUGGCUGAUUAAUUUCUUUAUUCAUAACCAUUGGGUAGAAAUAGAAACCCUUCCUUGGAAAAAUAGAAUUAUAUUCUAAGACCAAAUGCCUUGCUGCUAAAGUAAUUUUAUAAGAGGAAUUAUCUAUACGAUUAUUUAAAUGGAAUGCUAAGUACAUGCAUAGAUGUGUUUUAUGAUAUACAUUAAGAAUGGGACCGCCACUCUUUUUAAAAUGGGAUACUCAACAGAACCUAAAAUGGGGUCUAGGUGGCACAGCUGAUAUCAUCCAGUAAGUCUGGGAACUUCUGAUAUAUGGAAGUUCCCAAAAAUGUAGGUAUGCUACUCAGAGUCAGUACUGGUUACAGCCAAAACUGGUAGCUGCCUGGAAGGGUCCAUGUGCUACCCAAGCCCAAAACACAGCAAUCUUGGACAUGGGAAGCAAUCUUCAAUUCUGUAUUGAAAAAGAAAACAAAAGCUCUUCAAGCCUCUGUAUAGAGGUGACUCUGCCCUCCUGCUACCACUGGAAAUAGGAAUUUUUUCUGCAGCAGGAACAGAGUUCUGAGAGCAGCCAGAACCCACCCAGUGCCUACAUGAACCAGGCCAUGGUAGCAGUGAGGGCUUAGGAGAGCUUGCUGCAUGUUUUCAGUAGUUCAUUUUCAGAAUCUGAUGCCAAGACCAAAACUGAUUUGAUAUACUUCCAAAGCUGAGCUACCACAUCAGGCUAGAAUAAUUUUUUGCACGGAUUUUUUGCCAGUUCUGCCUAUUUGGGAGUUUGUCAGUUCUUACACAAGAAUGCGAAAGCUGAAAUUUUUGGACAAGCAAUUUGAAAAUGGUGAAGCCAUUACCUGUACAAAACCCAGCACCUAUGGCUGAGACCAAAAUGUGUGUCACAGGAGGUGUGCCAUUUGUACCUGCUGAGCAUCCCUUCUGAAUGAAGGUGAACCAUAUUUGUCUUUCCAAAGCUACAGCCACAACAAAAGCCACAGCAAAUCCAGUGUGAUACUCCAUUGCACUCCUGUCCUGCAUUCUCCUAGCAUUUUCUGAUUGAGAAAUGGGUCUGUUUUCCAACAGAAGGAUAAGAGUGUUAUGAAGUACUGUAAUUUCAGUUCCGAUGCAGUCAAUAUUGUCCUGUCCUCUUCUGGAGGAAACACUGAACCUCAAGCUAACUGUCAAAGAAAACAGGUUUCUAACUCAGUCAGAAAUUUAAUUCACAUAUCUGGCACUAGUAACAAGUAUCCAGCUGGUGAAUUUUUGUUUGCCACGUGUUUCUUAGAAGACAUUUAUAAGGAGAAAGAAAAAAAAAUUAAAAAAAAAAAAAAAAAAAGCAGACCAUUACCAUCUUUUUUUGGCGGGGGGGGGAGUGGGGAAGGGAGUCUAUAAGCAAUUAAGAGGUUUUGGGUUUCUUUUUAAGUAUAUAUAUUGAGGAAUAGUGUGCUUAAGGAAGUUCAGAAAGGAUAGUGGGAAAGUGUGAUUUGGUCUAAAAUUGCAAUUGGUAAAGAAUAAGACAGGAGAAGGUUUCUUGCAAAUUACUUGGAAUCCGCUUGGUUCAGUUAGAAUUUCUGACUGUGAAGAACUACUGUGACCUUUCAUGUACUUUCAGUAUUUGAAGAAACUUGUCAAUUGUUGCUUGAAUACUUCUUUACUAAAAUCGGCUUCUAUAACUUAAUAUUCUUUGCAAAUAACAUUGAUAACUUAAUAAGGCAAUAAAAUGGAAGGAAAAUACUCCUAAAUAUUAUUCAGAUUUCUCUAUGCCAAAAAUUAUGACACAUAUUUAUGUGAUUGUGGAAAUGUUAGGCUGCACUGAAGAAAAAUAAUUAACAGUGCCUAUAAUUGAAUUAAUUUGCUUUUAUUUACAUUGGCACUGUUGAGAGUCAAACAACUUAUUUUAAGUACACAUAGAAAGUUAUUGAUAUCAACAGGAGUCUCUAAUUGCUUAGUGUUAAACAUGUGAAAAGGUCUUUUUGGUAAGUGGGUGAAUGAGGUCUCCAUCAUCUCCUAAAAUUCAGCACACUGCCUUUUUGUGGUAUAAGUGCAAAGGGACAAUUCCCAGAAGUAGUUGUACUGAUUUGAACUGAACUACUUGUAUAUCUGAGGCAAGUAUAAUUUAACCACAAAUGAACUGAAAGAGGCAAGAGAUUUUAAUGGAGGUGCAAAAAUGAAGAUGAAUUUACUAAAAAAAAAAAAAUAAAAAAAUUGAUCUUUUUAUAACUACUUUGAGCAAACUAUCCACUAAAAAUAACAAACCACAAUGACUAACAGCACAUUAAACAGCUAUGCUUAUAUUUUUCAGUUAUUUAAUUUAAACACCUUUUGUUUAAUAGCAAACUAGAUUAAGCUCAAAAAUAUUCUAAAUAUAAUUUUAUCUGUUGGAUAUUAGUUUGCUUUAUCUGGAGGAAAAAAAAGCCAAACAACCUCUUCUGUGUUCAAAGAUCACAUCAGAUAACAAGAAACAGACCUAUUAUUUAUGCUAUUACCACUGAAAUAGUUUUCUUGAGGUGCAAUAUUUAUUUUUCUGCUUUAACAAGACACAUUUAUGGUUUCUCCUGCACAGCACUAAUGUUUCUAGCAAAAGGAACUUCAAAAGGGCACUAUUUUUGUGUAUCAUAUUUAAAUUUGUAAUAUUGUAAGAUUUUGCACAAGUGUGCUGGUAUUGUACUGUAUAGUAUCACAUACUUGAGUUUUGAAAUAAAAUUAUGGUUUCAAAGUC